AGACCUGUAAAACGUGUUCGAUAGGUGUUUGGUAGCGUGUUAUGAUGGAAAGCAGGCCCGUGAAGAAGAGACUAAUGCUGGCCAGAUAUAAUGCAGAUUUGUAUUUUUAAGACAUAAUAAACAUCUUAUGUGGUAGACUAAUCAUCCGUGAUCAUGGAGAUGGAUAGCGCAGACCUUAUGAGCAGUCUUCAACUGCACAAUGACUUCUUCAAGAGUAUGACUGAUCUGAUACCUGCUAGGUAUUACUUUGAGCAAGAAACCAAGCAAGGCCCGGCAGGCACCGGCAAGUUCCACCACAAUGCAAAAGAGAAAGCUCCCAAACAGCAACUCAAGGACAAGUCUAAAAAGAAGACCAGCAACAAACGACAGCGCUUGGACCCCGACAAGCAGCGCAGUGUGACCCAGAUCCAGGAGGGGAUGGACAAAGGUCAAAUCUCGGGGAAAGACGGGGUGGCGACCUCUAGCCGGUUGUGGAGAGAGAAGUCGGAGGACGAGUCCGAGAGCGACGCCGUGGGAACGGGACUAGAAGACCUUUCUGAUGACAGUGGUGCUGAAGAUGACUCAAAAUCACCAGCUGUCUCGUCGCGGAUAAAACCCAUGAGUGUUGAAUCUGUUUCAAGUGGUGCCACUAUCGAUGAACUCAGAGAAAAGGUUCAAAAGAGAAUCGAAGAACUUCGAACAAAACGAAAAGCCAGGGCUCCAUUGAUGGAGGAUAUGGUACCUAAGAAAAUUGCUCGGAAAGAAGCGGAAAAGGAGAAGAAGAAGAAAGCAGAAGCUUAUAAAGCAAUUAAAGCUUCUAAAGCACAGUUAGAAGUUUCAGAGAAAGCCAAACAGAAACAGAUGGUUAAUGGAGACAUUCACAAUGACAGUAAUGAUUCUGGCGAUGACGGUACCACCCCUCAAAGAACUAAAAAGAGCGACAAGAAAUCCGCCAAGGGUGGAAAAGGGGGGCAGAAAGUGGCCGGCGGGGACGACGAGGCGGCCGUGCGGUUCAGUCAGUUUGACUUUGCGGAGAGCGAGCGGGAGCAGCCGAAGAAGAAGAAGAGGAAGAAGUUGACGGAGCCGAGGAGUAACAAGGACUUUGGUCGGCUCCUGAAGAAGGCGGAGCUGAAGGAGCAGAAGAUGGCGGAGAUGAAGGAGAAGGAUCCAGACAAAGCCCAGGAGGUGGAGACGGAGGGCAAGUGGCAGACGGUCAUCGAUAAAGCUCAGGGAAUCAAGGUCAAGGACGAUGUGGAGCUCUUGAAGAAGUCGAUCAAGCGGAAGGAGCAGCGCAAGAAGGCGAGCAAGAAGCAGUGGGACGAGCGCAAGGCCAAGCUGGAGGAGAAGAUGAAGCACAAGGACGCCAAGAAGAGGACCAACAUCAAGGCCAAGACGGACGGCCGCAAGGCCAAGAAGGUCAAGCGGUUACAGCAGAAGGGCAAGCUCCUCCUGCAAGACUGAGGAUGAGACGGAGAAGUGCCUCUCAGAGUCGGAGGGACGGACACCAGGGGGCGUUUCACAAAACUUGCUUGCUCUAGUGAACAUAGGACAUGCAAAAGGGUAUUAUUGAACAAUCCUGGUGUCUGAACACACCCUCAAUGUCUAAUUAGACUGAUACCUUCCACAUGAGUUCCCCAGAAAGUCACGUUGAGCUUUGCCCAAAAACUUGAUCCACUACGGUAGUCCUUGAGUGUCUGUCCAGAAUAUCAAAACAAUUUCAUAUGAACCCCAGAGGGGCAAAGUUGGCACAUACAUAAAAUUCCAAUUUCGAGGAAAACAUGUUUAAAGUAUUGUUAGAGAGAAAUCUGCAAGACAACGGUCAAUUAAUGGCACAAGAGUACAUUCCUAAUAAUGUUAAUGAAAUCAGAUGAUGCACUGACCCGAUAUAUAUUAGUACAGUAAAUCUGUAUACAAAGACCACCUGUCUACAAAGACCACAUUUUUUGUUUCCCUUGAAAAUGUUUUCUCAUUGGAUCAUGUACUAUGGGAACCUGUACAUAAAGACCACCUGCCUAUAAGGACCACUUUUCUUGUCUCCCUUGGGUAGUCUUUAUAGACAGGUUUCACGGUAUAAUUAUGUGCAUCACAUUUUUCGACCAGAGGCUUGUAUAUAGACGGUACAGGGAAAUGGCUGGAGAAUGUUGGAUUCACUAGAUAUUAUUCGGAAGGAGAUGCUGGGAAGUUUGGGAAUACACAACUGUGAUGAGUAAUGGAAGGGGGACAAACCCCCACAAAAUCUUUCUUUUAAAGGUUAUGAUUGUAACACACGACAAUUCACGAUCUAUUUUCUUAGUUUUAUUUAAUGUAUCUUAGUUUCAAUUAAUAAUCAGUAUUACAUAUGGUCAAUUUCAAGCAUUACAUAAUGACAUUUUCAGAAGGGGAGCGGUAUGUUUGCGCACCCAAAAUUUCACUUGAAAUUUUGACAAGAAUUUUCUCUUGUAUUCUCCUAAUGCCUGAUCUCAUCUCGUUCCUUACACUCUGGAGAGUUAGCGUGCCGAAAAUGUAAAAAAAGUUAAGUGAUAACAGUGGAACAGUGUCAUUUUCAAAAGAAAAGGCGUCAUUUUGAAAUUGCAAAAACAAGGAUUCUCAUGUCUGCGCACUCGCGUUCAAUAAAACAAAAUAUAGGAACCGACAAUAUUCUGGAUUUCCCUCAUGCCAUUAUAUUUCAAUCUCUGCCUGUGGCCUAGGUGAAACAUAACAUUGCUCGGGAAAUUCUAGAUCAUUUGUCGGUUCCUAUUAUUUUAUAAUAUAGAACGUCAGAGCAUGCAGUAUUUGUAUAAAAUUGCACUCACUCUAUUAAGCAUAUUGGAUGAGUUGGAAGAUUUGCAUUGUAUCGUCAAAGAAAACAUGACAAGGCUACAUGUAUAUAUGUGUCACACAGAAGAGAAUCAAUUUAAAUCGAGUAAAGAAAUUUCAUGAAUCUUAUUUUUCUCUCUAUUUCUCUCCUAUUUCAAUGUCUUGCAGUUAAUUUUCAAAUCUAUUUGCAAGGGGUGGCGGGAUGUUAUACUUUACUUAAAGACUAAGUUAAGUUCUGGGCAUGCUAUGAGGUUUCGGAAUCAUCAAAAUAACAAGAAAUUGAUUCAGUCUUGCUACGCGUCACAUGCACAGUACACAGAAAUGUGUAUAUGGGACUACACAAACAUGUGGCAUGAAAGUUGUGGUCCUUGAUCUUUAGCUGUUACUUGUCAUAUUUUGAGUAUGAGGGCAUUUGAAAAGCCAUCGUUUUUAGUGGACAUCUUUUCUAUGAUACUCUUUCACAUAAUCUUUAAAAAGAAAAACACACAUUAUUUUCACCUUUUCCAGAACUCGACCUUCUCUUCAAAGUAAGGCAUGGCAAAGUGCUUAUCUUCUAAAUGUUGUGCAUACUCUACUUGAAUUUAGACGUACAAGUAAAACUACAUGUAUUUCAUACACUUUGAUAUUGCCUGUACAUCCAGGUAACUUUAUUAUAAAGCACAAGUUACAUCAAUAAUUCUGAUGAAAACAAUGUUUCCCAUCCCAGCUUUCAAAGUUGAUGUACAGUUUAUCGUAGGCCCUCAAAAACUCAUCAGAUUUCUUAGAUUUUAGAUGAUGAAUAGGAAGGUAUUAGCAAUUCAAAGCUGCUGUGAAUUUUUUCUCUCAAGUAAAAUAGUUUUAAAAAAUGAUUUCGAUACCAUCCUGGGAAGUAAAUUCUAAUGACGGCAACCCACACUACACAUAUGUGUGAAUCCUAUGAAGACUGUUCUUAUUUGUUACAGUCUAAAUCCAAGACCCAAUGGAGCAUAAAGAGUGUAUAUACCCAUUAAUAUCUAGCAUUCCUUGCUGAUAUUAACUACUUCAAUUCACCAGAAAUCAUGAAUAGAAUACCAUUCGAUCUUGUAUACCGGUAUAUUACAUGUAUAACUUUCGAUACAAGGAGAACAUCCUGUGGCUAUUUAACACGUUUCUUUCCCCCAUUUCAUUUUGCUACAAAACUUGUCUUGUUGUGAACAGUUUGAUCGCACACGAGUACAAAAUGACAGUUUGUAUAGAUCCAGGCAUGCCAAUUUUUUUUAAUGUAUGUCAACAGUAUUUUUCUCCUUUUAGUGAAUUGAAUUUCUUGUCAAUAUUCUGAAUUUAAAGCAAAUUUUAAUUUUCCAUGUACAGUAUGUUGUCAAGAUCACCGAUCAUGCUUCUGAUUAUUUCUGUAUGAUUUAUGCGAAUGAAAUCGGUGAGAUCAGCGUGAAAAGGAAAUUGAGCAAAAAUGAAAAAUAUUGUGCCAAGAGUUGAACAUUUUAAUUUGUAAUAAAAAUUCUUGUACUCAACUGAA